AUGGGCCUAAGUCCGACAGAAAAACGAAUUCGCGAAAAUCUCAAAGAAAAUCUUAGCAAAUUGGUGAAUGAGGUGGAUUUGGUGGCCGAAAUUGACGAUUUGUUGGAGACCUUUAUUGGGGUACGGUUGGUUUUGGCGCGAAAAUUCCGAAUUUGAAACUCAAAAUUUGCAGGACAAAAAAUGGGAUGAGCACGUGGUUGAGUUGAUGGAAAAAGUGGUGCUGAAACCGUUCAAAAAUCUGCGAAUCGCUCUUUUGGUCGUCGAUUUUCAGAAUGAUUUUGUGUCGGGGAGCUUGAGCAUUAAGGUGAGGAAAUUUGGAGCAUUUUGAGCUCAAACAUGACUAGGUUUGGAGCAAAAAUGCUCAUUUUUGAUCUCAAAAUGCUCCAAAUUUCUAGCUGAAUAUUUUGCCACGUGGCAUUUUUCAUAUUGAGUUUGAAAUUUGGAGCAAUUUGAGUCCAAACAUGACUAGGUUCGGAGCAUUUUCAGACAUCUUUGCUCAAUAGGCUCCAAACCUAGUCAUGUUUGGGCUCAAAAUGCUCCAAAUUACAGACUUAAUAUGAAAAAUGUCACGUGGCAAAAUAUACAGCUAGAAAUUUGGAGAAUUUUGAGCCCAAACCUGAGCAUUUUUGCUCCAAACCUAGUCAUGUUUGAUCUCAAAAUGCUCCAAAUUCCACGCUGAUUUUCGCAGGAAGGCGACGCCGAAGAGGAUCCCAUCGAAGCUCUUCCCCACGUCAACAAUUUGCUCCAAAACAUGACGUGGAAUAUGAUAGUCUACACGCAAGACUGGCAUCCAUCCAAUCAUAUCUCGUUUUUCGAACAUUCUCGAAAUCCCGACCGUGAACUUGCUCCAGAAGACAAAAGUCGCAAAUUGCGACCGUUUGAUAUUGUUCGAUUCAUUAAACCGGUUUCUACAGUUCAGGUGAGUGGGAUUUUCAGAAUCCACGUGGAAUUUGGAGCAUUUUGAGCCCAAACAUGUCUGAAAAUGCUCCAAACCUAGUCAUGUUCGGGCUCAAAAUGCUCCAAAUUUCUAGCUGAAUUAUUUGCCACGUGGCAUUUCUCAUUAAAAAAAACUCUCCAGGUCCUCUACCCGUCGCAUUGUAUCCAAGGAGGUUGGGGAAGUCAACUACACAGCGAAUUGCAUCGCAUCGAAAGUGCACAGUAUAUCAAGAAGGGCAAUGAUGUUUAUGUGGAUGCGUAUUCGGCGUUCAGUGAUAAUUGCGGCAUCAAGCAGUGAGCAUUUUUGAAUUCAGCGUGGAAUUUGGAGCAUUUUGAGCCCAAACAUGAUGGGUUUUGCUCCAAAACACGUCAUGUUUGUGCUCAAAAUGCUCCAAAUCCCGCGCAGCUUCCAAAAAUGCUUCAUUCCAGAUCCGAACUCGAAAUCCUGCUCCGCAAAAACGAUAUAAACGCAGUGAUCGGUUGCGGUCUCGCCUACGAUAUUUGUGUAAUGCACACACUAAAAGACGCCUCCAAACGUGGAUUUUUGACAAGUAUCGUGAGAACUGGAAGGUAACCUACAGUACUCUUGGUAGGUUACUGUAUGUAGAGCAACAAAAAAAAUUUCAGCAAAGGUUUAUCAUCGCUGAAAAUGGACGAGGCGAAUGAGAUGUUUCAGAAAAGGGGCGUGGCUAUAAUUGACGAUGAGAUGGCGAGGAAUAUUUCGACACGUCAAGCUUAUCCGAUUGAAUGGGUGGGUACUGUAGGUACAGUACCUUAGGGGUACUGUAGGUACGGUACCCCAGAUUACUGUAUCUUUUUUUUCCAGAUUCGACUUCUGAUCCAUCAGGCACAAAUCGAAUUGCAUGGCAAAAAAUAA